ACAACUUCCACUACUUAUACUAGAAUUAGUUAAUACGCAACAUGCCGUUAUAAAUAGAUAAGCUCCAAAAUAUAGAUUAUCACUUCACCUUUUGAUCACAAAAGUAUCAACAUGUUCUCCAAAAUCGUAGCUCUGUGCGCCUUCGUGGCCGUGGCCCAGGCUGGUCUCCUGGCGGCUCCCGCCCACUACUCCUCCGCCGCCGCGGUGUCCUCCCAGAGCAUCGUGCGUCACGAUGAGUCUCAUGCCCAGGCCGCUCCCCUGGCUAAGAUCGCCGUAGCUGCUCCCGUGGCUAAGAUCCUGGCUGCUCCCGUCGCCUACCACGCUGCCCCUGCCCCCGUCGCCUACCACGCCGCCCCUGCCCCCGUCGCCUACCACGCCGCUCCUGCCUCCAUCGCCUACCACGCCGCCCCGGCCCCCGUUGCCUACCAAGCCGCCCCAGCCCACAUCGCCUACCACGCAGCCCCCGUCGCGGGUCCCGCCGAGGAAAUCGCUCACCCCAAGUAUGAGUACACAUACUCGGUUGCUGACAGCCACACCGGCGACAACAAGUCCCAGCAGGAGUCCCGCGAUGGAGAUGUUGUGAAGGGCUCUUACUCCUUCCUCGAAGCUGACGGCUCCGUCAGGACUGUCGAGUACACUGCUGAUGACCACAACGGCUUCAACGCGGUGGUACACAACAGCGCUCCCACUGCCGCCCCCGUACAUGUCAAAGCUGCCCCCCUUCUCCUGAAGGCUGCUCCCGCCCUCCAGUACUACCAUAUCGUAGCUCUCUGUGGUUUGGUGGCGGUGUGCCAGGCAGGUCUGCUGCCCGCCCCCGUGCACUACUCCUCCGCCGCCGCUGUCUCCUCGCAGAACAUCGUGCGUCACGACCAGCCCGCGCAGCACGUGGCCGUCGCCGCCCCCGUCGCCUACCAUGCUGCUCCCGCCGUCGCCUACCACGCCGCCCCUGCCGUUGCCUACCAUGCCGCUCCUGCCCCAGUUGCCUACCAUGCUGCACCCGUCGUAGCCCAUGCUGAGGAGUUUGACGCUCACCCCAAAUACGAGUACAACUACUCUGUUGCUGACGGUCACACCGGUGACAACAAGUCCCAGCAGGAGGUCCGCGACGGAGAUGUUGUGAAGGGCUCUUACUCCUUCCACGAAGCUGACGGCUCCAUCAGGACCGUGGAGUACUCCGCUGACGACCACCACGGUUUCAACGCUGUGGUGCACAACACCGCGCCUACCGCCGCCCCUGUGCUCGUGAAGGCUGUGCCCGCUUACAACAUCGUGCGUCACGACCAGCCUGCCCAGCACGUGGCCGUCGCCGCUCCCGUCGCCUACCACGCUGCUCCCGCCGUCGCCUACCACGCCGCCCCUGCCCAUUACUCCUCUGCCGCCGCUGUGUCCUCCCAGAACAUCGUGCGUCACGACCAGCCCGCCUUACACGCUGCCCCCGUAGCCUACCACGCCGCCCCCGCCCACGUCGCCUACCACGCAGCCCCCGCUGUCGCUUACCACGCCGCCCCUACCGUCUCCUACCACGCCGCUCCCGUCGUUGCUCAUGAAGAGUUCGACGCUCACCCCAAAUACGAGUACAACUACUCUGUUGCUGACGGUCACACCGGUGACAACAAGUCCCAGCAGGAGGUCCGCGACGGAGAUGUUGUGAAGGGCUCUUACUCCUUCCACGAAGCUGACGGCUCCAUCAGGACCGUGGAGUACUCCGCUGACGACCACCACGGUUUCAACGCUGUGGUGCACAACACCGCCCCUACCGCCGCCCCUGUGCUCGUGAAGGCCGCUCCCGCCCACUACUACCACCACUAGAACUAAAUAAAUAAAUAUUUAUUUAAAAUUAUAAAAUUCCUCAAAAUGU